CGUCAAUUACUUCCGCCCGGAAUCGACCUAGGAUUCUGGGCGUCAGCUACUUCCGUCCGGAGUGGACAGCGGCCUGGAGAUGUGCGGGCCCUGAGAUCUCCUUUCCCUCCCCGCUCCCCGGAAGAGGACCCCCGCCCCGGGUCCCUUCGGACGGGGUUGCCGGGGGAAGCGCGCUCCUGGCCGUUUAAGACCCCGGCCUGGGGCUGGUGUGGGAGGCGGGGCCUUCCGGACCAGGCUGGCGGGCCGACCGCCGGGAGCUUGAGGAAGGAGGGAGGGAGGGAAGGAAGGAAGGAAGGAAGGACGGACCAGGCCCUACCGCCAACUCCACCCUAAGUCCCGGCCCCGCCGCGCCUUUCUCGGGCUCCGGGGCCCGCGACCACGAUGGAGUUCGCGGAGCUGAUCAAGACUCCGCGAGUGGACAACGUGGUGCUGCACCGGCCUUUCUACUCGGCUGUGGAAGGGACGCUGUGCCUGACCGGCCAUCACCUGAUCUUGUCCUCCCGGCAGGAUAACACGGAAGAGCUGUGGCUGCUUCAUUCCAACAUCGACUCCAUCGAGAAGCGGUUUGUGGGAUCAGUGGGCACCAUAAUCAUAAAAUGCAAAGAUCUACGGAUUAUUCAGUUGGACAUUCCUGGAAUGGAAGAAUGUUUGAAUAUUGCAAGUUCCAUUGAGGCUUUGUCAACCUUGGACUCCAUAACUCUGAUGUAUCCUUUCUUUUACCGACCCAUGUUUGAAGUGGUAGAAGAUGGCUGGCAUACGUUUCUUCCUGAGAGAGAAUUUGAGCUCUUCUCCACAGUUACCAGUGAAUGGAGGCUGAGCUAUGUCAAUAAGGAUUUUACUGUCUGCUCCUCUUACCCUCCAAUUGUUACUGUGCCCAACUGCAUUGAUGAUGAGGCUCUCAGGAAAGUGGCUACAUUCCGUCAUGGUGGGCGCUUCCCAGUACUUAGUUAUUAUCAUAAAAAAAAUGGAAUGGUGAUAAUCCGGAGUAGUCAGCCACUCACAGGCACCAAUGGGAGACGGUGCAAGGAAGAUGAAAAACUUAUAAAUGCUACCCUUCGCGCAGGAAAACGAGGCUACAUUAUUGAUACCCGAUCUCUAAAUGUGGCUCAACAAGCUAGAGCUAAAGGAGGUGGUUUUGAGCAGGAGGCUCAUUAUCCUCAGUGGAGACGCAUUCACAAGUCCAUUGAGAGGUAUCAUAUUCUUCAGGAGAGCUUGAUAAAACUUGUAGAAGCCUGUAAUGACCAAUCACAUAACAUGGAUCGGUGGCUUAGCAAAUUAGAGGCUUCUAAUUGGUUGACUCACAUCAAAGAGAUUUUAACCACUGCCUGUCUGGCUGCUCAGUGUAUCGACAGGGAAGGAGCAUCGGUAUUGAUUCAUGGAACAGAGGGAACUGAUUCUACGCUCCAGGUUACCUCCCUGGCCCAGAUCAUCUUAGAACCAAGAUGUAGGACCAUCCGUGGUUUUGAGGCUCUUGUGGAGAGAGAGUGGCUACAAGCAGGCCAUCCCUUCCAGCAGCGCUGUGCCCAGUCGGCAUACUCCAACAGUAAGCAGAAGUGGGAAGCACCUGUGUUUUUUCUUUUCUUAGACUGCGUGUGGCAAAUCUUGCGCCAGUUCCCUUGCUCCUUUGAAUUUAACGAACACUUCCUCAUCUUGCUGUUUGAGCACGCUUAUGCCUCACAGUUUGGGACAUUCUUGGGCAACAAUGAAAGUGAAAGGUGUAAAUUGAAAUUACAGCAGAAAACCAUGUCUCUGUGGUCCUGGGUUAACAGACCCAGUGAACUGAGCAAAUUCAUUAAUCCUCUUUUUGAAGCCAAUAGCCUUGUCAUCUGGCCUUCAGUUGCUCCACAGAGUCUUCAGUUAUGGGAAGGUGUAUUCCUACGAUGGAACAGAUCCUCCAAGUAUCUGGAUGAAGCCUAUGAGGAAAUGAUUAAUAUAAUUGAAUAUAACAAGGAAUUACAGGCAAAAGUAAAUACCCUUAGAAGGCAAUUGGCAGAGCUAGAAACAGAAGAUGGGAUGCAGGAAAGCCCCUAAGAUAUCCCUUUAUGGCCCUACAGUUGGAACCUUUUCCAUCUCUUUCCUUCCCUUUAAGCCUUCUCCUGUUUUCCUGUAGUUCAUCUUUACACUGAAGCUUGGAAUAUGUUUAAAUGGUGGGACUGAUCUGAUGUAAUAGAUUUCUCAACACCUCACUGAUGAAAUCUAUAACCAUUACUUACUUACCUUACAUAAGGCCUCUUAGGUUGCUUCACUUUGGGGAAAAGAGGAGGGUGAUAGUCAUUCUAGUUGACAUUUAAGUGGUGGCAUGUUUCCUGCCAUUCCUACUACAGACUGCUCAUACUUCAAUGUAAGCUUAAGCUUAUCCAUUUUAAUUUAAAUUUUAUAUGGAUGGCCAGCUGUGGACAAAGACAAAAGUCCAUUUAAUUCAAGGAUUAGAUCUGGCUUUUGUUUUUUUGUCUUGAUAUCAGACUUCUGUAUGCUUCAGGUGCAAAAACAUGGGUUUUCAAGGCUUGUUUUAUUUAAACAUCUUUUCAAACAAUGGCCUUUGUCUUAUAAAAAUGGGUUUGCAUCUUCUUUUUAACAUCAUUCCCACUGACAAAGCUAAAUUUAUUCUACAUUCAGUUUAUACAGUAAUGUCAUCAUUUCAUUGUAGUAGGACUAUUGCCUUUCAGAGAUAAGCCAGGUAGUCUGAUGGGAUUCCACUUAAGAAUUAAAUUUAUUGAACUGUAAACACUAAAUCAGAGUUGGAAGAAUGUGCAAUAUUGACAUUAAGUCGGGGGGGGGGGGGUUGUUUUGUUUUUUUAAGUUUCUUGGCCAUACUUUCUAGAAGCGAACAUAAUAUAUGAGGGUCAGAAAAGAAAAAUAUCAUUUGGAAGAGGUCAUAAUUUACAUUUUAAAAAAUGGUUACCUUUAACCAGAGAUGCACUGCCCUUGUCUGAUGUUCUCAUUGCACUGGGUUUUUGCCUUUCUUUUUUUUAUUUUU